UUUAUUCGUAUAAUUUAUUUGUUUAGCAUUACGGAGAAUGGUAUGAAGUUGAACGAAGUGCUAAUAAUUAUAUGGGUUCGGACAGAUGUCAUAAAUUAAUGUGGGGUAAACCGGUUAACAACGUAUCAGAAGUUACAAACAAGAGUAUUUUAAAAUCAUCGAAUAUCCCUUUGUCAAUAACUUCCCAUGCAACCUUAAAUGAUGAAGGAUAUGUCUUUACUCACCACUUCCCGACAUUGGGGGAUAUUUCUAUGCAGUAUUAUGCUCUUGAUUUUGUCCCUGAUGAUUAUGCGAUAAUCUGGAGCUGUGAACCUCGUGGAAACAAACACAUUGAAAAAGCCUGGGUAUAUUCUCGGAAUAUAACAUUGCCUCAUAACAUUGAUGCGUUGAAACGCGAAGCGUUUCAACGCUAUAAUCUUCCAAUGCCAAAAAUGAUCAGACAUGACCAUUCAGAUUGUGACGAAGUUUUUUCAUCGUUUAAUUUUUAAAAAUAUUGUUACGUUUAUGUAAAAAAGUCAAUAAAAGUUU